CACGUGGGAGGCCGGGUGUUGUGGUUGCGGUGACGGCCCCGCCCGGGCGGGCUCUUAUCGCGCAGGUUGUCGGGCCCGCCCGCGUUGCUCUCCCCCCCGGUCCUGCCGCCGCCGGGCUCAGCGGCGCGGUGCUGUCCGCGCGGGCCAUGCCGCUGGUGCGCUACCGGAAGGUGGUGAUCCUGGGCUACCGCUCCGUGGGUAAAACUUCCCUGGCUCAUCAGUUUGUGGACGGGGAAUUCCUGGAGUGCUACGACCCUACAGUGGAAAGCACCUACAACAAAAUGCUGAUGGUGGGAAAGGAUGAAUUUCACCUCCAGCUAGUGGAUACAGCAGGGCAGGACGAGUACACCAUCCUGCCCCCCUCCUUCAGCAUCGGGAUCCAUGGAUACCUGCUGGUCUAUUCGGUCACCUCGCUCAGAAGGUGAGGGCUCCCCCCCCCGGGGGGGGGCAGGGCUUGGCUCCAGCGCGGGGGAGGGGACGUGCCGUGCCG